AUGUCUUCGACAGACGAACUGCGCGCGCAAAUCGACGCUGUUGCGGCACAGAUAUCGAAGACAAAGAAGGAAAAGGGCGCCGGGAGCGAUGAUUGCAAGGCGCUUAUCGCCAAGAUGGCGGAGCUGCGCCGGCAGUUGCCGCAGGAGAAGAAGAAGCCGACUGAAAAGGCCCUGGAGAUGAGCUACUUCGAGACGCGCCUUGCCACAGUGAAUGAGAUGGGGCUCCUCGGUGCCGCGUACCCGCACAAGUUCGAGCGUGACUACACCAUCCCCGCCUUCAAGACGCGUUUCGCCCCGCUUCUUAAGGAAAACGGGCAGCGGGCGGAGGAAGUCGUCACGAUCGCCGGCCGCAUCAUUACGAAGCGCAGCUCCGGCUCGAAGCUGCACUUCCUCACGCUGCAGGGAGAUUCGGACAUCGUGCAGGUCAUCUCCGCCCUUGGCGACUACACCAACGACGGCUUUGCCGACAUUCACGGAAAGAUUAAGCGCGGCGACAUUAUUGGCGUCAAGGGCGUGGCGUCACUCUCCAAGUCGGGCGAGUUUUCCAUGAGCGCAAUCGAGAUCACGCUGCUGUCGACAUGCUUCCACAUGUUGCCAGAUGACUGGUACGGUCUUAGCUCGGUUGAGCAGCGCUUCCGUCAGCGCUACCUGGACCUUAUUGUGAAUCGUGAAAACGCCAGGACCUUUGUGCUUCGCUCAAAAACUAUUAAGUACAUCCGGAACUUCUUUGAUGAUUUGGAUUUCCUCGAGGUGGAGACACCAACGCUGAACCAAAUCGCCGGUGGUGCCGCUGCUCGCCCCUUCAUCACGCACCACAACGAGCUCAAUCAAACCAUGUACCUGCGCAUUGCCCCUGAACUUUACCUCAAGGAGCUCGUCGUGGGUGGGCUGGACCGCGUGUACGAGAUGGGAAAGCAGUUCCGCAACGAGGGUAUUGACCUCACACACAACCCCGAGUUCACGAGUAUUGAGGCGUACUGGGCAUACAUGGAUUACAACGACUGGAUGCGCACCACGGAGGAUCUCCUGUACGGCCUCGCAAUGCACCUUCACGGCACACCACUUGUGAAGUACGCGCCGAAGGACUCAGAGGGGAACCAACUCCCCGAGGUGGUCUUCAACUUCAACAAGCCCUUCAAACGCCUCCACAUUGUCCCCGAGCUGGAGAAGCGGCUCAAUGUGAAGUUCCCUGCGGACUUCGACAGUGCCGAGGCCAACACAUUCUUCUUGGACCUCUGCAAGAAGAACAAGGUGGAAUGCAAUCCCCCAUUCACAACGACUCGUCUUUUGGAUGCACUGAUUUCGCACUACCUUGAGCCGGAGUGCCACGACCCGACAUUUGUCUGCGACCACCCAAGAAUCAUGUCACCUCUUGCCAAGUGGCACCGCGACGACCUCCGCUUGACGGAGCGCUUCGAACUCUUCGUCAACAAAAAAGAGCUGUGCAACGCCUACACGGAACUCAACAACCCUAUUGUGCAGCGGGAGGAGUUCAUGAAGCAGCUUAAGGACAGGGAAGACGGUGAUGAUGAGGCGAUGGAGAUUGACGAGAGCUUCAUCCAGGCGCUCGAGCACGCCCUGCCCCCAACAGGUGGAUGGGGAAUGGGCAUCGACCGUCUCGUGAUGUUCCUCACCAGCCAGGCCAACAUCAAGGAGGUUCUUCUUUUCCCUGCGAUGAAGCCUGAGGGUUCCAGCACUACAUCACAAAAUUACCCACCAGGGACCAUGCUUAAUGGGCAGGGUGUGCCCCUCCUCCACUAA